AAGCUGAUGGACAGGUUUGACUUUGGGGAAGAAUCUGAACAAAAUGAAGAGCCUAAAAAGGAAACUCCCACUUCCCAACUGCCUUUAGUACCAGAAUCUGUGAACAACUCACUUUUUCACCAACUAGCUGAACAGCUACAGCAACAAAAUUUAGAACAUCUCAGACAACAGCUUCUGGAGCAACAGCAGCCUCAAAAGGCAAGCCCUGAGGAGAAUCAAGAAGGAAAUUUUGGUUCAGAGCACUCUGCCUCACCAUCACAAGGGAGUAGUCAGCAGCAGUUUUUAGAAGUGGAAACAAAUGUGGAUGAUUCAAUGGAUAUUCAACAACAGGACAUGGAUAUAGAUGAAGGGCAGGAUGUUGCUGAAGAAGAGAUUUUUGAACAAGAAGAAAAGAAAUCAGCUGUUCGUUCAAGAUCAAGAACUCGUUCAAGAUCUCGUUCAAGGUCACCAAGAAAACGAAGGUCUAGAUCACGGUCUGGUUCUCGUAAGCGUAAACACAGAAAACGUUCACGUUCAAGAUCAAGAGAAAGGAAGAGAAAGUCAUCUCGGUCAUAUUCCAGUGAACGAAGGGCUAGGGAAAGGGAAAAAGAACGUCAGAAAAAGGGAUUGCCUCCUAUACGGUCAAAAACACUAAGUGUUUGCAGUACUACUCUUUGGGUAGGUCAAGUAGACAAGAAGGCUACACAGCAAGAUUUAACUAACUUGUUCGAAGAAUUUGGACAAAUAGAGUCUAUUAAUAUGAUUCCCCCAAGAGGUUGUGCUUAUGUCUGCAUGGUUCAUAGACAAGAUGCGUAUCGUGCUCUUCAGAAACUUAGUUCUGGGUCCUAUAAAAUUGGGUCUAAAAUUAUUAAGAUUGCCUGGGCUUUGAAUAAAGGUGUGAAAACAGAAUACAAGCAAUUCUGGGAUGUGGAUCUGGGAGUUUCAUAUAUUCCUUGGGAGAAAGUAAAAUUGGAUGAUUUGGAGGGCUUUGCUGAAGGUGGCAUGAUUGACCAGGAGACAGUAAACACAGAAUGGGAAACAGCCAGAAGCUCAGAAGCUGCUAAAGAAAAUACUCAAACUACGCAGAGUGCUGCAGUUGAUAAGAGUGCAGUUAUUACAACGCAGACAGAAGCUUACACGCAACCAGUCACUAUGCUGCAGAUUCCAGUAGCUCCAGCUGUGCCUGCUGUUAGCUUGGUUCCACCUGCGUUUCCUGUCACAAUGUCUGUCCCUCCUCCUGGUUAUAGCGCAAUUCCUCCUCCACCCUUUUUGCGAGCAAGUUUCAACCCUUCACAGCCACCUCCAGGUUAUAUGCCUCCCCCAGUUCCACCUGUGGUUCCGCCACCUGUGGUCCCGCCACCUGUUGUCCCACCAGUUGUUCCAACACCUUUAGUACAGCCUCCAUUACCCAUUGCACAAGAGACGAUGAAGGAUGUUCCUUUUACUAGCCUUGUUCUACCAGUUGGCACAGUUACUAGCAAUCUAGCUACUCCAACGUUAUCUGCUGGAAGCAUUUUUAAUCCUCUGCCAGUGAACAAACCAGAAUCAGAUGAAAAGGGAUCACAUCUUCCAGACCUUCAGAUUUCUUCCAGUGAAAACAAUAGAUCUGUGCAAAGUGAUGUCUCGAGUAGCUCUGGACUUGUUGGAGGAGUGCAGCCACCCAGCGUCUCAAGCAGUUCUGGGCUUACUGGAGAAGGGCAACCACCCAGUGUCUCAAGUAGCUCUGGACUUGCAGGGGGAGUACAGCCACCCAGUGUUUCAAGCAGCUCUGGACUUGUAGGAGGAGUGCAACCACCAACUGUUUCAAGCAGUUCUGGUCUUGCAGGAGGAGUGCAGCUACCUACUGUCUCCAGUAGCUCUUCUCUUGCUGGUGGAGUUCAGCCAACCAGCGUCGCAAGUAGCUCUGGACUUAUGGCUGGAGUGCAACCACCAAAUGUCUCAAGUAGCUCAGGGCUUCUAGCUGGAGUGCAUCCACCCAGUGUCUCAAGCAGCCCUGGCCUUCUGACAGGAAUGCAGCCACCCAAUGUCUCAAGCAGCUCAGGAGUUCUGGCAGGAGUACAGCCACCAAGUGUCUCGAGCAACUCUGGGCUUCUCAUAAUGCCACCACCGAAUGUUUCAAGUAGUUCUGGACUUAUGGGAGUGCCACCACCAAAUAUUUCAAGUAAUUCUGGACUUCUGGCAAUGCAGCAUCCAGCUGGGGUUCAAAACAUGCCUCAUUUAAAUAUUAGUAGUCAAAGGAUGCCGGGAAUGCCUCUCAUAGAUAUCCGUCCAGGCUUAAUGCCUCAUUCGCCUGGACCAAGGUUUCCAUUAAUGCAGCCAGGAGUGCCACCGCGACGCAUCGUUCCUCCUCCAGCAAUCCUUGAUCCAUCUCUUCACCCACCACCUCGAGGUCCUUUUCCUCCAGGAGAUAUUUUUAAUCAAACAGAAAGACCUUUUGGGACACCAGGAAGGCAAAAUGUCGAUAGCAUUUCUAAUCCAGAGAAAAGACUACCACUUGGAGGCGAUAACAUUCAGCACCACAAACAGGAAGGAGACAGAGAUUAUCGCUUUCCUCCAGUGGAAAACCGAGAUAAUCUUAACAGACCAUCUCCAGUGGAUGUCAGAGAUUCUGUUGGACGACCACCAGUUGAUCCAAGAGAGGGUAUAGGAAGGCCUCCAGUAGAUGGAAGAGAACACUUUGCAAGACCACAUGUAGACAUGAGAGAAAAUUUUGGAAGACCAGGUAUAGAUAACCUUGGUCGAAGGGAGCAUUUUGGUUUCAAUUCAGACAAGCACUGGGGACAGAGAGGAGAUUAUGAUGAAAGAGAGCAUCAUGCCUUCCCUAUUUAUGGUGGUCCUAAAGGCUUCCAUGAAGACAGAGAGAGAUUUCGGCAUGUAAACUACAGGUUUGAUAGUAGAAGUGGUCCCAGUUGGAAUAGAGGAUUUGAACAAGAUGCUCACAGAGAUUUUGAUGACCGCAGAAGACCCUGGGAAAGACAGAGGGAUAGGGAUGACAGAGAUUUUAAUUUUUGCAGAGAAAUUAAUGGGAACAGGUUUGGAAGAGACAGAAUGUCAAACAACUGGAUCCCCCCUCCACAUCCACGGGUUUUUGAAUAUUUUGAUGGGGCCACUUCCCAACGCAAAGCCGAUAAUAUGCCCCAGGUAAACGGUGAAAAUGCAGAGACAGAAAGUCAGCCACCAACUGCACAGGUGCAGGACGAUCCAGAACUUUAUGAAAAACUGACAUCUUCCGUCGAGAUAAACAAAGAGAAGAGUGACACAGAAGCUGAUAUAGAAAGUGAACCAGUGGUAGAAAGCACAGAAACUGAGGGGACAUAAUCAUCACUCAGUAGGUAAAAGAUACCUUUUGUAAAGUUGUCAUCUCUCUGUAAUAGAUAAAUGGCUGACUGGACCGUAGCAGUUCACUUUUGUCUGCCAGAAUUAAGUUAAUCUGAUGUUCAUGUUCAUCUUUCACUUAAAUAACUGUACAACUGACUUGUAUAGAACACUGUUCUUAAUUUGAACAUGGUAGGUAAACAUUUUUUUUAUUUCUCUGGUAAAGCAUAAACUUGCCCCCACUUGCUUUUAAUUUCACAAAGAUAAAAUAACAGCUUGUCAAACAAAGACUUCCUAUGGAAGAAAAUGGAAUUUUUUAGAUACUACCCUUAGGUUGGCUAUCGAAAUUGUUAUACUUGAAAACAGGUGCUGGUGUAUCUUGUCCGUGUUUUUAGGCUGCUGCAGAAUUUUAAAGUAUAGACAAAGCUGUGAUAUUUUAUGUUCCUACAAUUCGGCAGAAAAAGAAAUGGCCCAUGUUAUUUAAGGAGCAUAACACAGAGAUUAAAAGUGAUUUUGUAAAAUCUACACUAUAGUCUCUGUUUUCUCUAAAGUAAGUGUUUGUGAUUUGUUCCUCGUACUGCAGUGGGUUUAAAAAAUGAAAAAGUACAUUUUAAUGUUGGGUGCAUUUUGUUUUUAGAUGCCAAUAAAGCAUAUUUGUUUGUUAACAGUGUUCUAGGUAUUGUAUUUUUUUUAAAAACCUGCAAGCUCUAAAAACUUGGAAUCAGCUAUGAUAUGUGCUUAGCUAGUUGUUGCAAAAGGUUUAUAUUACUUUUGUAAGACCAAUGCAACAGUUAUAUGUGCAAGAAGCAUAUGUUUUUUACAUCGAAAAUCAUGCAGUCAUAUUAGCUUAUGUAAAUAACAUAUGUAUGUAAAUAUUUGUGUAAACUGUUUGUAGAUACCACUUUUUCUGUGCG